AUGAUCAUUGUUCAUGAAACAGAUGUUGCAUUGCAUAUUCUAAGUAAAAAUAGGAACUUGGCAUUUUUACGCGACGCAAAGAAAGAGACUGCAUUGCACGCGCUUGCUCGUAAGCCUCUGAAACCUGCAACCCAUCAAUUGAGUAUUUGGGGCUUCACAAUGCAAUGGAGCAGAAUAAAUCAAGAAACAAGGGCAGAGCCACAAGCUUCACUUCAACUAACACAAGCCCUUUGGAACGAAGUCAUCAAACUGAAGGAGGAGGAUAUAUCUAACUUGAUAGGCUAUCUUUGGCGUCUAUUGUUUGUUGCAGCAAAACUAGGGAAGGUUGAAUUUCUAAGAACUAUGAUCCAAUCUUAUCCUGAUCUUAUAUGGAAGGUAGAUAAAAACAGGUGUACUAUUUUCCACAUUGCCAUCAUACAUCGCCAUGAAGAGAUCUUUCAGCUUAUAUAUGAGAUUGGAGCAAUCAAGGACUUACUAGCUACAUUCAAAGAUGAUCGUGGAAAUAACAUGCUGCAUUUGGCUGGAAAGUUAGCACCUCCUGAUCGACUUAACACUGUGUCUGGGGCAGCUUUGCAGAUGCAACGCGAAAUACUAUGGUUUAAGGUAAUGAUAUGCCAUAAACCGGCCAAAGGUGAACAAUGGAUGAAGAAGACUGCUGAAUCUUGUGCUUUCGUCGCCACUCUGAUAGCUACUGUGGUAUUCUCAGCCGCCUUCCAACUACCUGGAGGUGUUAACGACAAAGGAAGUGCUAUCUUAUUGAAAACCCCGUCCUUUGUGGUAUUCUCCACCUCGAAUGCAGUAUCGUUGUUCAUCUCUCUUGCUUCAGUACUGAUGUUCCUGUCAAUUCUGACUUCACGUUAUGCAGAAAGUGACUUCCAUGUAUCACUUCCUUUAAAGCUCAUGAUGGGGCUUACCUUACUGUUUGUUUCGAUUGCAACCAUGAUAAUCGCCUUCACUGCUACAUUCUUCAUAACAUUCUGUGAGGCUGCUGUGAGAUGGACUCCUGUGCCUAUAAUUGCCCUGAUUGCUUUUGUUCCUGUUGCACUUUUCGCCUUACAGCAAUUCCCGCUUCUGUUGGAUAUUUACCGGUCAACCUACAAAUCUCAUCGAUUUUUAUUCGAAUCAAGCAAAGUAAAACUUUUCCACAAUUCUUCUCAGUACGAAUUUUCUCCCAUUGUGCAUACCACCACACCCACAAAAUCCAUACACCCAAUUAAGAUUCAUCCAAUUAUAGCCUCUUUUAUUUCUAACGUCCCUCGUCACAACUCUUCACAUCGUCCAACACCUUCACAAAUAGUAGCUCCUUGUGCAUCAGAGCAUAAUACUCCUAAAUUUUAUGCCACAAAUGAUUUGUCUUCAGAAGUUGGCCCUGAAGCAAUCUGAAGUACUAUAAGCUUUCACUCAAUUUUCUUCAGCUAGUAUUCUACUUAAUUUCAUUGAUUCUAGGCUGCAUUAAAAGU